AAAUGUACCCGAGUCACUGCUAAACAGGGCCAGCCUUAAUUGCUAGUCAGCUUAUCGUCAUUGCGAGCCAUUUUGAGGAAGAACAACACUGUAAGGUGAGUUAGGUAGCCGUUCUUUUGGAAUAUGUGGCCACUUUUGUCUAGCUUGUAAAUGCUGCUAACACUAAACCAUAGAAGGCUUUGCAUUGAUCACUGAUGGUCUCUUAGAUCUGUACAUUUGCUCUGAAGAUUUACUCUGUGAGCAUGAGAAAGAUGAUUUUGUGUUUUCAUCUAUUAAAGUUGCAGUAUUCCCUCAUGUUGCUGUAUCAUGCCAGACUGGAAGUCUGAUAGUAGCCUAUAAUACCUGUCUGGGUUCUGGAGUGUGUUAUGACGUUCUGCGUUUUGUGAGCGUUAUUCCAAAAGAAAGGAGGCCAUAUAUGAGAUGAACUGCUGAGAGGAAGAGGGAGUGGUGAAAGGCCCCUUCAAGAUGAGUCUCCCUGAGAAGCCACUAGGGGGAGCUACCAAGAAAAAACGGAAUAAAAAAAAAGGCCUUAAGGAGCAGCCAUGGGAUGCUGACAGGCCACCUUCUCCUGUGCCCAGUCUGAUGUCCAUGAAGAGUGACUGGUCAAUGGAGAUUCCAUGGAGAUUCGAAGGACAAGAGAAGCCCAAAGAUGUGUCAGCUGAGCAGGAGCUGUGUGACGUUUGCUUAAGUCCAGCUGUGAAGACCUGUCUGACCUGCAAUGACUCCUACUGUGAGACCUGCAUCAGACCGCACUUAUCUGAUCCAGACCUGGAGAGACACCAGCUGCAGGACCUCCAGCUACACGGACAUGAUGCCACUGGGCAGGUGGACAUGGAUAGAGAUCAGGAUCCCCAAGGAACACACCCCAAGUCAUCUAUCAACAAAAAGUGUGUUCCUCCACCUGGGCAGAUCCAGUUCCCCUCAGUGAAACCAGACUCAGUUACUGUCAGCUGGUCACCACCAGAGGGCACUGUUGGACCCUACAAGUACAGGGUGACCUGGAGAGGAGCCCAAAAGCAGCACAGUGCCAUAGUGGAAGGUUUGAAGAAGGAGGUGACGGGGCUUCUUCCAGAACAGAAGUACCACUUUACUGUGGCCACCCUCCGGCAAGAUGGACACCAGAGCUCAUGUGUGGAGAGAUCUGUCCAAACAGGUCUAAGAGGGCGUCCAGAUGAUCUCCGGAUAGUGCUGCUGGGGAAGACUGGAGUUGGGAAGAGCUCCACAGGAAACACCAUAUUAGGGAGAGAAGCGUUUCAGGCAGAAGCAUCUGCUGACUCAGUUACUAGCACGUGUCAGAGAGAGACAGCUGCAGUCAGUGGGAGGCAGAUUACAGUGAUUGACACACCAGGGUUGUUUGAUACUGAGAAUGAUAAUGAGGAGCAAAAUGACAGAGAAAUCAAUAAGUGCAUCUCACUGGCACUACCAGGUCCACACGUGUUCCUCUUGGUGACACCAGUGGGACGGUUCACUAAGGAGGAGCAACAAGCAGUAAAGUUCAUUCAAAGCACUUUUGGUGAAAACUCCAUAAAGCAUGCUAUAGUACUCUUCACUAGAGGAGAUGACCUGAAGAACAAGCCCAUUGAACAGUUUGUAAGAGAAGCUGGAUCUAAUAUCAUGAACGUCAUUGAACAGUGUGGCAAGAGAUACCAUGUGUUUAACAACAAGACCAGAGACCGCACUCAGGUUUCUACUCUCCUGGAUAAAAUCGACUACAUCAAAAUGCAUGGAGGAGGUUACUACACUAGUAGAAUGUUCCAGCAGGCUCUCCAAGAAGAAAUAGAGAGGAGGAUGAAGGAGAGAGAGGAGGAGUUGAUUAGAGGAAUGGAGGACAUGAGAAAGGAAAAGGAAGAUCUUCAGGCCCAAUAUAAAGCAAAGAUGGAGAGAAUGAAGCAGACAAUGGAACAAGAGAGAAAGAGUGCAGAUGAAGAGAGGAGAAGAAGAGAAGAAGAGUUCAGCGAAAGAGAGCAGCGAUUGAAAACAGACAUGAAAGAAACAGAAGAGCAGAUGAAAAAGAUGCAGAUAGAGAUGGAAAGAAAACGAGAGGAUUGGGAGAAACAGAGACAAGAAGAAAGGAAGAAAAGAGAUGAAGAGGAAGAGAAGAGGAGGGAGAAAGAGGAACGUAUUUGGAAUGAUCAUUAUGAGAGACUUAAAAAAGACUUUGAGAGAGUACAGCUGGAGAGAGAACGACUUGAGAGAGAGAAAACAGACCUGGAGGUGAAUUAUAAAGCAGUGAUGGACUUGAGAAGGCAAUGAAACAAGAAAGACAAACUCAAGAGAUGGUGCAUAAAACAGAGAUGGAGGGAACUGAACAAGGAGGACAAUCUCAAGAGAGAGAGGCGAUACAGAGAGAAGGCGAGAGAACAACAGCUCCAAAAAGAAACUGAAGAAAAGGAGGAGCAGGAGAGAAAGAUGAGUGAAGAGAUGAAAGACAAACAAAAAGAAUCACAGAGGAAAAUGGAGGAAGAGGAAUAAGAUAUAUAGCACUGUUUGACACCAGCAGUUACGUAGAUGAUUUCCUAGAUGACAUGAUCAUGGCUUUCAGCACAUGGAAACACUUCUAGUUUGCCUUUUUAAAACAGCUGCUCAAGAAGAGCAACAUUGACAAAUUCCAAGAUCACACAUGUGACUACACAACAUUCCCCUCCAUAUCCUUAACUGAUGAGUACAGCCUGACAGGGCGAAUGCUUAACAGACUGAACCAUGAAUCCAACACACCCCAUCUAUUGCAGAUGAAAUGGAAUUCAGACUCCGCCGACCACACUUGGAGAAACACUGGACUCAAAGUAUGGCCCGCGGAGUGUUGAAGUGUUAUGUAAUAUGCUAUUGUAUGCUAUUGAUUUUUCCCUCUGGAUAUUUAGGGAGUUAGGUGGUCAGUGAGGUUUCUUUUCAUUGGUCAAGUGGUAAAGAAAUUAGAAGACGGGCCACACCAUGGAGACGUAAAAUCACUUUGAAUCUGAAUUCAGAAAAAUGUUACUGUUCAUACCAAAUCUGAAAAUCAUUAUUCUUUAUCGACUCAUUGUUGUUACAUUAAUCACUACAUUCAUGGUGUGCAGAUAUGUAAAUAACAUUAAUCACUACAUUCAUGGUGUGCAGAUAUGUAAAUAACAUUAAUCACUACAUUCAUGGUGUGCAGGUAUGUAAAUAUAAUUGCUGUUAAAUGAAUCACUGCAUUGUGCACACAAUGGUACAGUAGUCCAUUGGCUCAGACCACAUGAUCUUUUAGGACGGUUAUGAUUUUGUUUGAUUCUGUGCUGUGGUGAUGAAGAUAUAAACUCAUAUUUUAUUUA